AUGGGUUAAAUAUUUUAAAAAGUUCAAUAGUAGUUUAAACCAAAGAAAAUAAAAUUAUUUAUGUUAGGACUAUGGUGCUCAGGUAAAACAACUAUGCUUUAUAGAAUGAAAUUAGGUUAAGUUGUUAGAACAAUUCCAACAAUAGGGUUUAAUAUAGAAGAAAUAUAAUAUAAUGAUUUUGUUUUUGAAAUUACAGAAUCAGGAGGCGGAGAUAGAAUAUACCCUUUAUUUAGACAUUAUAUGCCAGGAAAAGACGGAAUGAUUGUCAUUGUUGAUUCUUCAGACUUUAGCUAUUAAUAACUAUUACAAAAUACUUUCAAAGAUUGUAUUGAUAAGAUCUAUGUUGAUAAAAAAAUACCUGUUCUAAUUUUAGCUAAUAAAAGUGAUAAAUGCAAAUAUACUGAUAAUGAAAUAUUAUAAUAUGUUGGAGUUCAUGAUAUAGAAAACAAAAUAUUUUACAAUAUAAUACAUACUAAUUGUAUGUCAGGAGAGGGAAUUAAUCAAGCCUUUGAUUGGUUAUAUUAAACAUUCUCUAAAUAAUGA